AUGUCUUCAUUUUCUGUUUUCUCAUCUGUUUUCCUUUCCAAUUUUUCUUUCUUUUCCUGCCGAAAGAAUGAAAUUUCUCUCUUUUUGUCGUUCCAUCCAGAUUUUUCUUUUUUCUUUAUAUCUUUUCUCUUUCAUUCGAUUUUUCUGAUCUUAUUUGUUAAUUCUCUCAAAUUCUUUUUCUCUCUUUCAAACAUUCUUCUUUCCAGUUCUUUUAUUUUCAAUUCUUUUUCACUUCACCUUAAACAAUAUCUGUUUCUUUAUUCAGAGAUCGUUUAUGCUAUUUCCAUUGUCUCCCUCCUAUCUUCUCUUCAUGUUGUUCAUAUAUUUUUCUUUCAGACACCUUUCUUGAUACCUGUCUGUUCCUUUCCGAGGGAUAGGUUCCGAGGAAUUUGUGCCCUUUUUUUCUUUCUAUUUUCUCUUCUUUUUUUUCCCUCUUUUUUCUAUUUCUUUCAUUCUUUUCAUUUUCUUCUUUGGUUAGUGAUUCCUUUCUUUAUUACCGUUAUCUCAUUCAAUACUCUUUCUUUUUCUUUUUCUUUCUUAUUCGAUAUAAUCCUGUUUAUUGAUUCUCUCUUUAUUACUUCAUUCUCUCCAUUUUUCUUUUACCGAAUUUUUGCUCUGUUUCUUUAA